AUUAUUCCCAACAAUACCAAGUCACUUUGCCGUUUUACUUUGUGCUCGAAGAAUGUAUAACAGUCGUCUGGUAUUCCUUGCAUGCUUUGUGUUCUUGAGUUCCAUCAUGUACAGCGUUGGAUUAUUCUCUCAAAACUGGGUUGUUAGAACAAGAUACAUCUACCUGGACCAGAAUCGAAACAUGUUCACGUCCUAUGUUGACUACAUUGGAAUUUUUCCACUCAAAGAAGAUAAAAGAUAUGGACUUUCUUUGGCUAAAGUUGCUGCUGGCAUUUCUUUUGUCAUUCAUCUUAUUCGUCUUAUCGUUUUUGUUCCCUCAUACUGUAAAGCAAGAGAAUUAGGAUUGGCCGGUGUUCGUGGAACAUUUUCCGCAAUUCUCGGAGUAUCUAUCGUUAUUAUGCUUCUUUCGCUGACGGGUUCGAUUGGUUUAAUGUCUCAAAAUAUAACCCACAAUAAAAACGACAAAUUGAUGGAAGUUGAAUAUGAGGCUGGAUAUAGUCCGUAUCUUUGCCUUAUUUCUGGUCUUCUCGAUUUGGCUGUUUGCAUUGUUUCUGGAAUGGUCGGUUGCUGUGAUAGUAGAUCAGGAAUGAGUGAACAAGCAGUAUCAAUUCAAAAGUGAUAUCUCGUUUCUUGUGUUUUGAAUGAGAAUAAAUGAAUAAAAUGAAUGAACUUGAUUAUAAUUG